AUGAUAGGAUGGACAUACCCCAUUAUUCUUGGAUUACUCUAUCUGUCAAGCCUGGCUUUGAGCGAGGAGCAGGAGUCGAAGCCAGAACAGCGAGUCAAUAAUUCUAAUCCGACUAUUGAUCGUUCCUCUCAUCACCACAUCGAAGAUCCAACCUACCAAGGCUUCUGGAUGAAAAAGUUCGUUUGGCGUCCCCGAUGGGUGAAAACUUGGCAGGAAAAGAAGGUUUACGUAGCUGUGUGGAAACGUAUGUGGGGUCCAGUAGAAGUUAAAGAAUGGGUGCCGGUGCCUAAACCACCACCUGGUUGGGUCAAGCAUAAAUCAGGCCCGUACUUUGUAAAAUUACCGCAUUAA